UCCCAGUUCCUGCAGGACAGGAGUCACCUCAAACACAGCACACACAGGACACAUGUUCCCCACCCCAGGGCACCUCUGCAGCAGCAUGGUCCAGAUAGGUGUCUUCCUCCGCAGCCCUGGGUACCUCACCUCUGCCCCGCAGGCCGCCCUGCUCUUCAGCCUGGUCCUCACCUCCUUCUACUUAUCCUGCGGUACAGAAGCCAGCAGCCUCAAUUCAACCCUGAGCACACACCACCCAGACCCUGGGACCCUGGAGCAGUGUGCCAACGUUGACUUCUGCCCACUAGCCUCCCUGUGUUGCCGAGCUUCCGUGGAUGAAUAUGGCUGGAUCGCCGCGGCCGUUGGCUGGAGUUUCUGGUUCCUCACUCUCAUCCUGCUGUGCGUGGACAAACUGAUGAAGUUAACUCCAGAGGAGCCCAAAGACCUGGCAUCGUGAGCAGAGCUGUGGCCCCCAAAGGAUGGCUAUUCUACCACGUGUGGAUACUGGGGGGGGGGGGGGCGGGGGAGGGGGGCAAAGGGAUGCUUCUAGAAGCCAGACUUCUGUCACUUUAAAGUCAUGUGUUCCU